UAGAAAAAUUGUUUCAAAAAAAAAAAAAAAAUGUAUAGGAUAGUGCGGUACCAUACGAGAAAGCCGAAGAGCUUGUUGUUGCCUUUGGCAUGGCAAGUGGCGACGAAAACGACGACGUCCGGUUCAGAACCAUCCCCGUUAGCUUCACUGUCGUGGAAGACUCGGCUGGCGUUGACGCUACUGCCAAAGGUCGACAAGGCCGCUCGUCGCCCUGACGGCACCGUCAACCGCCGUCUCCUAAACCUCGUCGACCCCAAGGCCUCACCAAAGUCCAGAAACGGCGUCACCUCCUCCGACGUCAUCGUCGACCCCACUCGCAAUCUCUGGUUCCGGCUCUUCAUCCCGGUCGUCGAUAUCGACUCCACCGCUCUUCCCGUCGUGAUUUACUUUCACGGCGGUGGCUUCACGACCAACAGCCCCUCCUCGAUUGCCUACGACGCCUUCUGCCGUAGGUUCGCCGCCACAAUCCCCGCCGUCGUAGUUUCCGUCAACUACCGUCUCUCUCCGGAGCACCGCUACCCUUCCCAAUGCGACGACGGGUUCGACGUCGUGUCCUUCCUCGGCCAAAACGACGCCGUCCUCCCCAAAAACGCAGACAGAUCCCGGAUCUUCCUGGCCGGGGACAGCGCCGGCGGCAACCUGGCCCACCACGUGGCCGUACGCGCCUGUCGGUGUCGGACAGUCAAGUUGGCCGGGUUGGUAUCUAUCCAACCGUUCUUCGGCGGCGAGGAGCGGACCGAGUCCGAGAUCCGGCUCGCGAAGGAUCCAUUGGUCACGGUGACCCUAACCGACUGGUUGUGGAAGGCGUUUCUGCCGGUCGGGUCGACCCGGGACCAUGAGGUGGCGAACGUGAGCGGGCCGAACGCGGUGGACAUUUCGGGUAUGGAGUAUCCGGCGACGGUGGUGUUCGUGGGAGGGGCGGAUCCGCUGCAGGACUGGCAGAGGAGGUACUAUAAUUGGUUGAGGAAAUCAGGGAUUGAGGCCAAGCUGAUCGAGUAUCCCAAUAUGUUUCAUGGCUUCUAUGCUUUUCCAGAGUUGCCCGAGUCGGACCAACUCAUUUCCCGAGUCACAGAUUUCGUUGCUUCCACUUCCACUUCCACCUGUUAAUAUCAAACCAACUAUGCAACUUUACCACUAAAUGGGGUGUGGUUAUAAAUCUAUAAUGUUGGAAAAGGGGUGUGGGUAUUGUUUCAACUCCUGUUGUGUAUAGGAAAAGCCAACAUGCUGCUGUAAUAAAGCUCCUGUAACUGAAGAAGUCAGGGGUGCAGGGGAGAAGACUCAAAUUUUUGAUGCUAAAAUAGUGGAAAGCUUUGGGGCUGAGAAGAUUGGAGGCUGCCGUGGAGUGGUUCCUUUGUGCUGCUCACUCGCAGCUCGUGCCUUGUAUGCUGCCGAUUAAAAAGCUGUGUGCAUUUGAGAAUUGUUGGUUAACGUUGUUACUACUGGUUUGUGUA